AUGGGGUUUGAAAAAGAUUCAUUUUUUACUAUGGUUAAACAUAGUAAUCCUGCUAAAUCUUUAACUCUCUCUGCUAAGAUUUUGGGUUCUUGCAAUGGGUUAAUUUGUUUAACCAGUGAAAAGUUGACACUAAUGUUAUUCAACCCAUGUACUGGAAAUUUUAAUGUUAUUCCUGAUACAGUGCUGAAAGAUUAUAGUGGUGGUUGUUAUGGGAAAUAUGGGAAAAUAGCUUUGCCGAGCUAUGAAGAUGAAGGUAUUUAUUGGACAUUAGGUGUUUCAAGAGGGUAUUUAGUUGCUUGUUGUAACUAUAAACCAAAAAAGGCAGAUAUGUGGAUAAUGAAGGAGUAUGGUGUCGAGAAAUCUUGGACUAAAUUGGUUACCAUGUCAUUGCCCGUUGAUCGUAGGGAUUCUGUCUUACCGUUGUUUGUGACAGAGAACGGCGAUGAAGUUUUGCUGCAGCUUGGCGCCGAGGUAACACAAUAUAAUUCAAGGAAUGCAUCAUUCAAACGACUCGACGAUUUCAUGUCAGGUGAUUUUCGUCAAGUUCAAAUGGCCACAUACUUUGAGAGUCUUGCUUCACCUCAUAUUUAG